AUGAUUUUCGACUCAGGCAGUCAAAGAUCUUAUAUUACAAAAGAGUUAAAAGAUUGUCUAGGCCUGCCCACCAUUCGAAAGGAAACCCUUGAAAUUACACUCUUUGGGUCAGAACAAGGAAAAGUAGAGACUCUUGACGUCACACAAUUUUGUGUAAGAAGCCCGUACAAUGAUUUAAGCGUGUAUGUUACGGCUUAUGUUGUACCAAAAGUGAGUGCCCACCUGACAAAUCAGGCAAUCAAUUUCGCUUUGACAACAUACCCGCAUCUUUCAGGGUUCAUGCUAGCGGAUUACCCAGCUACAGCUGAUGACGAAUUGUUCCUCCACAUUUUAAUUGGUUCAGACUACUACUGGCAAUUCAUGACCGGCCGGACAGCACAGGGGGAGCAAGGAGGUCCAAUCGGAUUAGAAUCUACCUUAGGGUGGAUUCUCUCAGGGCCUAUUCCAAACUGUCCAGAAGUUUCAAAAACUCAAACAAAUUUGACACAGACGCAUCUUUUGCGAAUAUCUGCUGAAGUCAAGCAGGAAAACUCUAUGGAAAAAACAUUAGAAACAGGAUUAUCCAAAUUUCAAACAGGAAAACUCUAUGGAAAAAACAUUAGAAACAGGACUACAGAGGAAACUCUUUAUGAAAAUUUCAGCCAGGAAAUCUCGUUUUCUGAGGGAAGAUAUGAAGUGAAAUUGCCAUGGAAGGCAAACCACCCUCUGUUGCCAGACAAUUACGCGCUCAGUAAACGCCGCCUCGAAGGUCAGUUCAGGAAGUUAAAGACCUCACCAGACCUCUUGAAUGAAUAUGACGCAAUUAUCAAGCUACAAGAAGAACAAGGAAUUAUCGAAAGAGUGAUGCCUACAGAAGAAAGUGAAGCAGGGAAAACGCACUACUUGCCUCAUCACCCUGUUGUAAGAAAGGACAAAACCACAACAAAGGUUCGCGUAGUAUAUGAUGCUUCUGCUGCUAACAGUACAGGGAUAUCAUUAAACAGCUGUUUGUAUCCUGGCCCGUGUCUGCUAAAAACAGUUGCAGAGAUAUUAAUAAGAUUUCGCGCAAACCCAAUCGCCCUUAUUGCCGAUAUCGAAAAGGCAUUCUUGAUGAUUGCAGUUCAUAAGAAUGAUCGAGAUGUCCUGAGAUUCUUGUGGUAUCAGGAUGUGAAUAAAACUGAUCUAGAGCAAGUGACAUACAGAUUUUGCAGAGUGGUGUUCGGGGUUACUUGCAGUCCUUUUUUGUUGAACGUGACGUUAAAGCAUCACAUUGAAAAGUAUGCCGAAGAACACCCUGAAGUUUGCUCCAAACUAAUCAGCUCUCUCUACGCCAAUGACGUCAGUAAGGGGGGCCAUAGCAUUGAAGAGAGUUUCAAGUUUUAUGAAAUUUCUAAAGAGAUAAUGAAACAAGGCGGUUUUAAUCUUCGAAAAUGGCACUCAAAUUCAGAAGAACUCACAGAAAAAAUCGCAGAAUUAGAGAAACAGCAACAAUGUAAAGAAACAGAUAAAGAAGUUGUUUUAGAAGAAGAUGAAUCAUUUGCAAAGACAACGAUAAGUGAGCCAUUUGCACAUAGAAAUACACAACAAAAGAUUUUAGGCCUAAACUGGGACAGUAAGGAAGACAACCUCAUUUUCGACUUUUCACAGCUUGUCACAGUCUCAAAAAAUGUAUCUGUAACAAAACGAAGCGUACUUAGCCUAAUUGCCAAGAUAUUUGAUCAAUUGGGGCUCAUAUCUCCUAUCACUUCCAUGUUAAAGGUUUUCAUACGAAAGCUAUUCAGGCUAAAACUAAGUUGGGACGAAAUUCUCCCAGAAAAUCUAUUCAACGAAUGGACAGCUAUGAUGUCAGAGCUCACUUAA